AUGGCCGAGUGCGGCUUCAUCACGACGGCGUUCCCGUCCGGUGCGGUGCCCACUCAGCCACCGAUCCUGGCACCGGCCGAGUCCGGCACAGACACGUCCCCGCCUCCGUCCCCCGCUUCGCCGACCAUGACAUCCUUUCCUCCGGCGGUGGCAACGACAACGACGCAGGGCCCCGACCUCGAGUCCAUCACGCCCGUCACAGUGUUCGAGACGCCGUCGUUCUCGGCGCUGCCGCCUCUCGUUCUGCCCAACGACAUCUCGUCCACGCCGCCCGUGCUGGAGCAGAAUGAAAACCAGCUGAGCGGCGCGGCGAGGGGGCUGGAUACCGCUUUCGGCGGGUGGCUGGGGCGUGGGGUCGUUUUUGCGGUGGUUGUCGGUUUGAUUUCGUCAUGA